UCGUCGGGUAAGCUUGUGUGGCUGAAACACUGCAAUGUAGAGGUUGGGUUUACUGGUGUGGGAGAGAAGUGUGUUAUUGGAGCCGCUGGAAGAAGAAAAAAAGUCGAACCUUUCCACGUUUUACCUUAUUAGCCGUCUGUUUUAAGUGUUUGUUAAAGUCGUUUGCGGGAUCUGAUUUCCGUGACUUUUCGUAUAAGGCCCCUUGUUUUUCUACUAAAUAACUUUCCGAAAGUGACAACAAGGAAGGUUUUGAGGGGAUUUAUGACAAGAUGGCACAGUGGAAUCAGUUGCAACAGCUGGAAACCAGGUAUCUAGAGCAGCUGUACCAUCUGUACAGCGACAGCUUUCCCAUGGAGCUGCGGCAAUUUCUUGCACCCUGGAUUGAAAGCCAAGACUGGGCCUAUGCUGCCAACAAGGAGUCUCAUGCUACACUGGUGUUCCAUAACCUCCUGGGAGAGAUAGAUCAGCAGUACAGCCGUUUCCUGCAGGAGAACAACGUUCUCUACCAGCAUAACCUACGCAGGAUCAAACAGCAUCUGCAGAGCAAGUACCUGGAGAAGCCGAUGGAGAUCGCCCGCAUCGUCGCCCGCUGUUUAUGGGAAGAGCAGCGGCUCUUGCAGAGCGCUACGACUGCCGGACAGGAUGGACAGGCAGCUCAUCCCACUGGAACAGUGGUAACAGAGAAGCAGCAGAUCCUGGAGCACAACCUGCAAGAUAUCAGAAAGCGAGUGCAGGACAUGGAACAGAAGAUGAAAAUGCUUGAGAACUUGCAGGAUGACUUUGACUUUAAUUAUAAGACUCUGAAAAGCCAAGGAGAGUUGUCCCAGGAUCUGAACGGUAACAGUCAGGCAGCCGCAACAAGACAGAAGAUGGCUCAGCUUGAACAGAUGCUGAGCGCCUUGGACCAGCUGAGGAGGCAAAUCGUGACAGAGAUGGGUGGCCUGCUGACAGCCAUGGAUUAUGUGCAGAAGAACUUGACAGACGAUGAACUGGCAGACUGGAAGAGGAGACAGCAGAUUGCCUGUAUUGGAGGUCCGCCCAACAUCUGCCUGGAUCGCCUCGAAACAUGGAUCACGUCGUUGGCCGAGUCCCAGCUCCAGAUUCGUCAGCAGAUAAAGAAACUGGAGGAGCUCCAGCAGAAAGUGUCCUACAAAGGAGACCCAAUCAUACAACACCGACCUGCUUUGGAGGAGAAGAUUGUGGAUUUGUUCAGAAACCUGAUGAAGAGUGCUUUUGUGGUAGAAAGACAGCCGUGUAUGCCAAUGCACCCAGACCGACCUCUGGUCAUCAAAACAGGUGUUCAGUUUACUAAUAAAGUCAGGUUACUAGUCAAAUUUCCAGAACUUAAUUACCAGCUGAAAAUAAAAGUUUGCAUCGACAAAGAAUCCGGCGAUGUGGCUGCAAUUCGAGGAUCACGAAAAUUCAAUAUUCUUGGCACCAACACCAAAGUAAUGAACAUGGAGGAAUCCAACAACGGCAGCCUGUCAGCAGAGUUUAAACACUUGACCUUGAGAGAGCAGAGGUGUGGUAAUGGCGGCCGGACCAAUAGUGAUGCCUCACUGAUCGUCACAGAGGAGCUCCAUCUCAUCACUUUUGAGACAGAGGUUUAUCACCAAGGUCUGAAGAUAGAUCUGGAGACUCAUUCUCUGCCCGUUGUCGUCAUUUCAAAUAUUUGCCAAAUGCCCAACGCCUGGGCUUCCAUUCUGUGGUACAACAUGCUCACUAACCACCCUAAGAAUGUAAACUUCUUCACCAAACCUCCAGUGGGAACGUGGGACCAGGUGGCCGAGGUGCUCAGCUGGCAGUUCUCCUCUACCACCAAGAGAGGCCUGACCAUUGAACAGCUCACCACGCUGGCUGAGAAAUUACUUGGUCCCUGUGUCAACUACUCUGGCUGUCAGAUAACCUGGGCCAAGUUCUGCAAAGAAAACAUGGCCGGUAAGGGCUUCUCCUUCUGGGUGUGGCUGGACAACAUCAUUGACCUGGUGAAGAAGUAUAUCCUGGCGCUGUGGAACGAGGGUUACAUCAUGGGAUUUAUCAGCAAGGAGAGGGAGAGAGCCAUUCUGAGUCCGAAACCUCCUGGCACCUUCCUGCUGCGCUUCAGUGAGAGCAGCAAGGAGGGGGGCAUCACAUUUACAUGGGUAGAGAAAGACAUCAGUGGAAAAACUCAGAUCCAGUCUGUGGAGCCGUACACCAAGCAGCAGCUCAACAGCAUGUCGUUUGCCGACAUCAUUAUGGGCUACAAGAUCAUGGACGCCACCAACAUCCUGGUCUCACCCCUGGUCUACCUUUACCCUGAUAUUCCCAAAGAAGAUGCUUUUGGAAAGUACUGCAGGCCAGAGGCUGCACCUGAACCGGAGAUGGGCGACUCCACGAGCACCAUUCAACCGUACUUGAAGACAAAGUUCAUCUGUGUUACACCGUGUCCCUCCGUGUUCAUGGACUUGCCGGACAGUGAGCUGCUUGGGAACGGAUUCCCAGGCACAAAUUCCGGAAACACCAGUGACCUCUUCCCUAUGUCUCCUCGUACUCUGGACUCCCUGAUGCACAACGAAGCUGAGGCUAAUCCUGGACAUUUGGAAUCGUUGACUUUGGACAUGGACGUGACUUCACCCAUGUGAAGAUGCCAGGAUUUGAAGAUGUUUCUUCCCUUCUGUACAGUUUGUUUGUCAUCCUUGUAUAAACUUCCACACGGUGGGGAACUGAGUGCAUUCUGAAAGGCACUGCCACUUUUAUUACAGUGUGUGAAACUGUUGAUCAAUACUGACUUAAUUACUCAUGUGGUUUUGUAUUGUAUUAAUUUACCCGUCCUAUUGUUGGCUGUGGUUCGUCAUAAAUCCAUUCAGCUUUUCUUCUCUUUCAAUUCCCUCUACAUCCUCUCGUCGGCUACACUCUGAAACAAACGUUUAAAUUUUAAUCGUCCUGCUUUGUUGGGUUUUGUUGCAUUUUUAAUGUCUGCUAAAUUUAGCAUCAUAGGUUUGUUUUGUUUUUUUAAGUGCAUUUAUUGCACUUAAAAUCAACUAUGCUACAUUGUCCUUUUGAAUUUUCUUUUCUAUUCCUUGUUCCAUUUUAAACUGUAAAAAUGCCUAGAAGUAAAGUUAAUCACCGGUGAACCUUUUUUCUUUUCCUAAAUAUGAGAAUUGAUUUGAUAUUCCUUAGAAAAGUGGUGCGCUGAGAUUUUUUUUCUUCUUCUUCUUUGCUGCAUUUAAAUACUGUAGCUUGAGCUCCUGUGAUCUGUAGUUGCCCGUGACGUGGCAUAGUUUAUAUUUUUUUGAUAUGAAGAAGAUGAAGUAAAUGACUUUAUCAGUUUAUUUUAGUGCAAAUCACCCGUGAAUGUUUCACCAGAACAGAGUAUACAGAGUAAGGAUGUGUAACAGAAGAAUUUCUCACACGCUGGUGUAAAUCCUGAUGAUGCAAACUCAACAUACUUACCCGUCAGGCCAAUAAAUGUCAAAGGUAUCUCUGUAAAAUAUGUUGUAAUUAUUUGUGACUAAACAGAUGGCAAUAAAAAGCUGGACCUGUA